GUAAUUUUUCUGGCGGUAUUUGAUAGAAUUUGCUGAUAGCAUUUGCAUCACGUUCAUCUACAAAUUUACCGUUCAUUGUCACAGUAAUGAAGUUCUUAGAAUAGAAAGCUGCAAAUUUCCAUUAUGCAGAAUAUCGAGUGUAGUCUUUGUUGUUUCAAAGUUGCGUUUCGUUUAUUUAUAUUCAGGUCAAUUAAAACGCAAUUUGCGCUACCAACUAUCAUAUCAUUAAUUCAGAACAAUCAGUAAUUCAGUAUUAUAAAUAAUAUGGAGAAAAAACACAUUAUUUGGAUAAGAACAUACAAUAUUUGACGUUUCAAUUACAGACAGUUAACUCGUUGACAUUUUCAAUUAAACAGGCUAUUCAAUAACGACGUGAUGAUGCACCCAUAAAAAAAUAUUUAUAAAAGUGUUUCCUCGAUGGAAUCAGUAAACUUUUGAACAUGUUGACGAAUACAAGGCGAUGAAAUAUUUGAAAUGGAAAGUCGUAAACCCGAUAAAUCUGCCGUUCAAAGUGGCAAUUUCGCGGAAAAAAAUCAACAUUUUUCAAAAAUUUUUACUUGUAAAAAUAACAGUGACAGUGUACCGUGGAAUGUAUUUUAUUUCUUAUUAAUCGUAACGUUUUCAACGCAAUUCGUGUCUUUUUGUUAUUUAUACACGCGACAUCGUAAUUUAGAAAUUAAAUAUGAUAUGCAGUUCACAGAAGUGGACAAUAGAUUGAAAUAUUACGAUGUAUCGUUUCAUAGAGUUAAACGUGAUUUAGAAAUGAAAGAUAAUUCUAUAAUGAAACCGGCUACUAAUGAAAUUAAAGCGGAUAUUAACGAAGCGGAACUGACUAAAAAUGAUUCCACUUUGACAAUAGACGAUGUUAUUCAUUUCAAGCAUCAUAAUUUAUCUGCAGAAGACUGGAUUUGGUUGAAUAAAUAUUCACGAGUGCCGUUGAAAAUAAUGGAAGAAUUUUGCAAAACGACGCAUGACAAAUGUCCGCCACAAAAAGGAGAUCCCGGAGAAAAAGGAGAUCGCGGAGAAAGAGGUGAAAAAGGUGACAAGGGACAAGACGGUUCGAUAGGUCAGAAGGGAUCGAUUGGAAAUAAAGGUCCAAUCGGGCCACCCGGUUUGAGGGGCGAAAAGGGCGAAAAAGGCAAUCAAGGAUUAGAUGGCAGACCAUCAGUUCCAGGAGAACCGGGUUUAGACGGCGUUCCUGGUAGAAAUGGUAAAGAUGGUACACCCGGUCAGAAAGGAGAGGCUGGAAAAGAUGGAUAUCCUGGUACCAAUGGAAGGAAUGGGGUCAAUGGAGAAAAGGGUGCUAAAGGAGAUUCGGGUGUAAAAGGUGAAAAAGGCGAACAAGGAUUAGGAGGCCAGAGAGGUCGGACAGGAAAUCCAGGAAAAGAUGGUACUCCCGGACUGCCGGGCAUAUCCGCCAAAAACUGCUCAUUUAAUGGAAGCAGUCAAGUACUAUUCCCUCCUACCAUAGUCGGUGAAUCGCAGCCGUCUUUUGCUAAUAAAAAUAUCUCUAUCGAUGAAAAACAAAAUUUAAAACUCAUGUGCACAACUACUGGACAUCCGCAGCCACUAAUCACUUGGAGAAGAAUAGAUGAAGAUGGUAAUCUGGUACCAGUGAUGGAAGGCCAGUGGGCAGUAAUAAACUCACCCACACAGACGUUAACUUUUAUGAAUAUAAGCAGACGAUCUAUGGGAGAAUAUAAGUGUAGCGCGGACAACGGAAUUCCUCCCUCGGCAAAUCAGACUUUUUAUUUGAACGUGAACUUUCCACCUUACAUUGCAAUACACAGCGUAAUAUUAAACGUGACUCUAAACCAAACUGCAUCUCUGAGUUGCAAAAUUGAAGCAUAUCCGAGAGGAGUAUAUUAUUGGGAAACCGCCGAAGGAGAGUUACUAGAAGAAUCAAUCGGCCGUUUCAAAGUUGAUUAUAAGCACAUAGGGCUUUACGAAACCGAAUUAACUUUGAACAUUACCAAUAUUCAAGAAGAAGAUUUGGGCUUGUAUUAUUGCUAUGCAAAGAACAUUAUAAGUAUAACUCGAGGAUACAUUAAUGUUACAGAUAAUCCAAGAAGAGAAAUAAUUCCAUCGACGGAUGUGUGUAAUAGACAACGAAUAACAUAUUUCGGUGAUCCUCCACCACCGUCCGAUGGAGUUUUGUGCCCAGAAUGCCAAGUGUGCAAAAUAUGUGGUUUUGGUUACAAUGAUCUCGAAAUCAGGAUGCUGGUCAAUAAUUCUCAAGCCCCUUUCAUCAGAAAACGAAAUUGUGCAAUGGAGACGAUUGGAAAGCCAGUCUAUCACAAUUUGAAGUCACAUCAAUACGGCAGCUGGAUGAAAGAUUCCAAUAUAAUGGAUACUACCGAUCAUCAUUGGAUUACGUUAGGACGAGAAAAUGAAACAUUGCUUGAAUAUUCUAAUAAAUUGGCAUUUGUCAAUAACUCCGCGACAACCACUCAUAGAUUACCAGCAUUUUUCAUGGGGAAUGACCACGUGAUAUACAAUCGAACUUUCUAUUACUACCAAAACCAAAACCAAAGGAAAUAUAACGCGACCAUAGUGAAAUUCGACUUGAAUAAAAAACAAGAAACACGUCUAGAGCUGCCGUACUGUGACACUUCGAUGGAGAAUCAUUUAUACAAAACUGAGUACAAUACUGUAGAUAUAAUGGCCGAUGAUACUGGUAUUUGGGUCGUAUGUGCUGUACCUAAUUCCAAUAACACUGCUGUCGUAAAACUAAAUACAACCGAUUUUAAAGUGGAAUACGCAUGGAACAUAUCAGUGAAACAUCAGGAUGUAGGAGACAUGUUUAUAAUUUGCGGGGUGCUUUACGGUGUACAAAGCGUAACAGAUAUUACUACGAAAAUAAGUUUCGCGUUGGAUCUUUAUAAAUCAAAAUUACUGGACGACACAAAUCCAAUACAAUUUACAAAUCCAUUCAAAAACACAACCAUGAUUUCGUACAAUAACCGCCUAAAUGAAUUGUUCACUUGGGAUAGUGGAAACCUGUUGACUUAUCCUAUAAAACUGAAUGAACUCAGUUACGACGCCACAAAUGGUAACGAUACGCAGACGCAGACCGGGAAUUCAAGUCCGCAAAAUGAAACUUCAUCGAAAAAGAAUUAAUUUUUCGUAUUUCAUUAUUCAUUGAACUUUGUAACAACAAUUAUUACAAUGAUGAGUACCUAAUUCACGAGAUUAUACACACGGAAAUAUUACAGUUCUUCCUCUCCUCUAUAAAUGAUGACAUUUUUGUUCGUUUCGUACACCUUCACUUCGUACAGUAACGAUGGUUUUUGUAAAUGUAAUUUUAAAUUUUUCCAAAUAAAAACUGCAACGUU